UCAACACAAACUUGCAGCCUUGCCCAAAUAAGACCGCACACUGAGGUGAACAUAGAUCCAUGUACUUACCAACACAAAUAUAUAAGAUGAGCUUGAACCCACCAUCAAGCAUGACACCAGCACCUAGCCAUGCAUAUGCCGUCGCUCUGUUUACAGUACUUUGCACCUUGCUUUGCCUAGCUUUGUUUCUCUACCGAGUCAAAGCAACUUCGCUCAAGAAAACCGAGCUGCACCGACUGCCGCCAGGGCCGGCAGGGUUGCCUGUUCUUGGUAGCAUGCACGGUCUGGUUUUGAAAAGGCCGGUGUUUCGAUGGAUUCAUCGCCUUCUCAAGGAUAUGAACACCAAUGUCCUCUGCCUCCGCUUUGGAGCCGUGCAUGUUGUAGUUGUUGCCUGCCCAGUGGUAGCCCGUGAUGUUCUCAGAAAGAACGACGCAGUUUUCGCGUCUCGCCCCCUGACAUUCGCCUCCAGACUGUUCAGCUUCGGGUACAGGUGUUCAAGCCUGUCGCCGUACGGGGAGCAGUGGAAGAAGAUGAGGCGGGUUCUCACCUCCGAGAUCCUGUCCAUGUCAAUGGAGCAGCGACUAAAGCGCCAACGAGCGGAGGAGGCCGACCACCUCAUCAGGUUUGUGUACAACCAAUGCAACACAUCAGCUAAUGGAACUAACAGCGGCAUCGUUGAUGUACGCCAUGUAGCCCAGCAUUUUUGUGGUAACAUGGUACGGAGCCUCAUGUUCGGCACGAGACAUUUCUUUGCUGCUGCUGUUGGUUCUGGCAACAAUGGCAGCAGGAGCCCCGGUCCUGAGGAGGUGGCGCAUGUAGACGCGCUCUUCACACUGCUCAACAACGUGUACAGUUUCUCCAUAUCAGAUUACACCCCUACUGUUUGGACGUGGAUAGUUACUGCCCUCGAUCUUGACGGUCAUAAGAAGGCUGCCAAGAGUGUAAUGAGCACACUAAACAGGUUGCAUGAUCCUAUUAUACAAGAGAGGAUCCAUGAGUGGCAUAGUCUUCGGAAACAUGGUGACAACAGAGAGGCCAGAGAUUUUCUUGAUGUCCUAGUUUCUCUUGAGGACUCACAAGGGCGACCCCUUUUAUCGUUUGAUGAAAUAAAAGCACAGACAGCGGAGAUAAUGUUUGCAUCUGUUGACAAUCCAUCGAACGCGGUUGAGUGGGCACUCGCGGAGAUGAUGAACAAACCAGAGGUGAUGCAUAAAGCAGUACAUGAACUAAACAAUGUGGUUGGCAAAGAUAGGCUCGUCCAAGAAUCUGACAUCCCUCAACUCAACUAUCUGAAAGCGUGCCUAAGGGAGGCCUUCCGCUUGCACCCUUACCAUGCUUUCAACCUACCUCAUGUCGCCAUGAAAGACACCAUAGUUUCUGGCUACCUCAUUCCAAAGGGCUGCCAUGUUCUUCUGAGCCGGGUGGGGCUUGGCAGAAACUCUGAUGCCUGGGAUGCUCCUCUCCAGUUCCAGCCAGAGCGACAUCUGAUGAUAGACAACAAGUCCGAGCAUGCACAUGUGGUCCUCACCGAGCCUGACCUUAGGUUCAUCUCGUUCAGUGCUGGCCGGAGGGGAUGUCCAGCGGUGUCACUUGCCAGUUCUGUUACAAUGAUGCUAUUCGCACGGCUUUUGCAGGGGUUCAUGUGGACCAAGCCUCCAUAUGUUCAUGCAAUUGAGCUGAAGGAAUCCACUACAAGUCUCGCGCUAGCUGAGCCACUCUUCUUACAAGCCCUGCCUCGUUUGCCGAUGCAUCUCUAUGGGACUGUUUAGUCACCAUAAAUAGCCUGGACUCCGAUGCACCAUCCUUAUAUUAUAAUUAUGCGAUCAUGCAAGUAUAUCCCAUGAAAGUGGUGGGGCGAAGUAUGUCAGUGAUUCAGUGUUGUCAGUGAUCUUGCAUUGUGUGGUUAUAUAGUUCAUUUACUAGUUUUUCGUUUGUGUGUGUGGUGACUUGUUUAUGGUCGAGAUAUUCUAGUAUAGUGUUAAUAAUAAUCUUGUGUGCACGAUCACUAGUCUACAUAGCAUUACUGUAAACAAAAAUACAUGUAGAGGUAGAUUCUGGU